AGCCUGCGAGGAUGGGAACGCGGGGCGCACGCGCAAGCAAGGAGGCGCCGAGGCCUCCAGGGGCCGAGCCGGGACCGGAGGAGCCGUGGGGCGCACGCGCGCUGCAAGUGGCGGCGGAGGCCCGGCAUGGCGCCGUCACAGCAGUCUCGGGUCCUGCGGUGCUGUAGCUGCCGCCUCUUCCAGGCUCACCAGGUGAAAAAAAGUCUCAAAUGGACAUGCAAGGCUUGUGGAGAGAAGCAGUCCUUUAUGCGGGCUUAUGGAGAGGGUUCUGGUGCUGACUGUAGACGCCAUGUCCAAAAAUUAAAUCUGCUACAGGGACAGGUUUCAGAAUUGUCACUCAGGUCUCUGGGAACAGCUGUAAAUGCUGGCAAAGAAAAUGCAGGCGGGCAGCAGGCUGAGAAUGGGACCCCACAGGUAGGCCAGCAGGGAAAAUCUCAGGCCUUGGAGACCCGCUGGCUGAAGUAUCUGGACAAAGGCAGCCCAGAAAAGGAGCUGGAAGGAGGAAUAUGUUUCCACACACAACCCUCAUCCAACCCAGAGCAGCCAGGCCCUCCCGCCAAUCAAGCACUUCCCAGAAAAAGGAAAUGGAGCCAGAGCACAGACCAGCCUCCUCAGACCCUUGUUGUCCAGGAUUCAGAUGACACUGAAGUCACCUUGGAACCCCAGGAGGGAUAUACUGACCUGACCAGGACCAUGCAGCAAGGCAGCAGCCACGACCUCCAGAACUCUGUGCACUGCCACACCAGGGAGCUUAGUUUUCCUCGGUGGAAACUACCAAAUCCUGCCCCACAGCUUAAGGCCCCAUCUUCUAAAUGGGCACGGUUUCUUCUUUCACCUGGCAACAACUCACAUGUGGACACGGAGGUGCCAAGACCAUUGCAAAGGGGCUCUGGGCCAACCAGCCCAGCACAGGCUGAGCAAGGAACCCCUAGGACUGAGACUCCAAGGGAAGGCCAUCCCAGCAAGCCCACCACCACUAGCCAGUGUCCUCAGGCCACACACAUGCCCAUGUCCAGGCCUGAGAGGCCCUGCGGGAAGACCCCUGAGCAGUCAUGGGGCACAGGGCCUCCUCUGGUUCAGGGGGUAGAAAGGGCCCCACCUGUGCAACUAUGUCAUCUCUUUUCAACAGGGGAAGACUUUGAUGAUGAUCUGUAAACUGUAGCAUUUAGAUUCAUAUGUUACAUGUGCCCAUUUUCUCUGGACCACUAUGCCAUAGAAACAGGAUUCCUGAGGUGCUUUUAAAGGAGUAUAAUCUGAGAACAACCAAGGGUAUACAAUAAACAUCCCUGUAAAACACAUUUUCUCUCACUGGCAACCAAUAAGACAUCAUCAUCAAUUAAGUGCUUGUACCAUUUAAUUAUAGGUUGUUUACAAAUCAGAUAACAGGAUGGCUACAAAGGAAUUUUCUUACUUUAAAAGCAAAUGACACAUUUGGAAAUGAAAGAACUAAAGCAGUUAUGACACAGUACAUUGAGCAGUACUCAAUGAAAACCACAGCUCAGACCUCCCCUUCUGAGCCCAUCUAGUCCCAAGCAGGAAACCCACAGGCCUGGCUGUUCCUCCUUCCUGGUACUCCUGCAGGAGCCUCCUCCAUUUGCUUCCUGACAACUUUCUCAUUUGUUGAAAAAUCAAAUAAAUGUCAGUGUACUAUUAAUCAUUUUUUAAAAAGAAAAAGCAGAAGGCAAGACAUAUUCUGAACUGCUGGUGUGAUGCUGGCAGGGAGAGCAGGAGUAUGCAGGCAUGCCCUUGCCCUCCCCAGCCAGGGCAAGGCCUCGUAGAGGGGCAGCUGGUUCUGCUUCUCACACACUUGAAACUCUCCCUUCAUGUCACUUGUCCCACUGCCCUGAAUGACUUCAUGCUUCUCCACCCAUGGAUUCUGGAAGAAUGCUGAGAAACUGGCCCUUACAGAGGCCCUGCUGUUCUAUGCUAAUUCAAUGCAACUAUGAGACAAAAAAGAGAGUAUGGGAUAGAGACAAAUGUUGUCACAAUGGUGGUGGGUGUUUCGAAUACUGGAUAGUAUCCAGAGCAGCCCCAAUGUCGUAAUUCUUGGUCUGUAGAAGCCUGGUGAGCCAACCGCCUUCAUCAGAGAACCCCAUGGACAGCAUCUGGGAGAGCGACUCAAUCAGCCGGGGGUCAGCCUCUGCCAAACACAAUCCAGAAACCAUAAGAGAACAUCACUGAGCUCCACCUGGCCCAAGACACAGCAGCAUCCUGACCUUCACCAGCAAGCACCCAAUAUCUUCUGAGUGCCAACCUUUCCAUGGGAUCCUUCGCUCCCAGGGACCCUCAGAGGGAAGGCCAUCCCAGCAAGCCCACCACCACUAGCCAGUGUCCUCAGGCCACACACAUGCCCAUGUCCACGGGCUUGGCAAGUUUUUUCUCUAAAGGACCAGAGAGUAAACAUUUUAGGCUUGCUUUUUUUAAUUUAAUUAUUUUUAAGGCACUGGUGAUUGAACUCUGGGGCACUUCUUUACCACUGAGCUAUAUCCCUAGCCCUUUGCUUAGGGUCUCACUAAAUUGCUGAGGCUGGCCUCAAACUUUUGAUCCUCCUGCCUCAGCCUUCUGAGUCACUGGGUUUAUAGAUGCACACCACCAUACCCGACUUAGGCUUGCUUUGCAGGCUAGAUAAGUGUCAUCUCUCAAUUCUGCCACUAUAGCCAGAUAUGUAAACAAAUGGGUAUGGAUGUCUUCCAAUAAAACUACUGCCAGGUAUGGUGGCACACACCUAUAGUCAGAGCCACCAAGGAGACUAAGGCAGGAGGAUCACUUGAGUCCAGGAGCUCAGGGCCAACACAGGCAACACAGUGAGACCCUAUAUCAAAACACACACAGACACACAAAUACCCUUUAUUUACAGACACUGAAAUUUUAAUCUCAUUGUCAAACAUCUUUUAACUUUCUCCCAACCAUUUAAAAAUGCAAAAAUCAUUCAUAUAGAGAACCAUUUGCUAUCCCUGUACUCUAAGGCAGAGAAGAUACAUAUUAGAGCUCAAGAGUCAAAUACGGCCUAGAGAUAGUUUACUCAACAUCAGUAUGACAGGAGGAGUCAUGGCUGGGCAUCAGCUGCCUCUCUUACUCAGGGUCUUUCCUCUGCAAUGCUACAUUCCCCACCCUGCCCUGCUGCUUUCCACACUAAGCACUUCUCUGAGAUCCCCCUAUAGGGAUCUUAGCAGUGACCCCAUGAGAUUACAGUGCAGACGGUCCACUUGAAUAGUUCAGCGUAGUCAAUGCCAAACCCAGUGUAGUCUUCUGAUAUCACAUCUGCCCCCCACCCUUUUUGUGUUUCUGUUUUAGGACUGGUUGUCAUUAGGUUGCUGAGGCUAGCCUCGAACUUGUAUUCCUCCUGCCUCAGCCUCCCAAAUAGCUGGGAUUAUCAGCAUGUGUCAUGGUACACACAUCACAUGUCUCUUAAUUCCUGGUCUGGGUGUUAAGUUUUAGAAAUUAACCAAUUUAAAAAAAGAAAUUACUAUAAUUAGCUUAGUGUAUUGUCUCACUCAGGGUGGACAAGAGGACAAAACCAACUCCUACUUUUCUUUCAUAUCAAUAAACAGACCCCAGAGUAGAAGCCAUAUCAUUCUUUUGAUUGUGUUGCUGAAAUCAGGUGACAGGAUGCUCUCAAAGAGAAAAGUAGGAAAACAAAACCUGAAAUCACUUACCUGGUGGAAGAUGUGGGUACAAGGCAGCUUCCUUCAGCCCUGUGGGUCCUUCCUGGGAAGGGUCCAGCGAGCUUGGCCCUUCUGAUUCCGGCAUCUGGAGAGAUUGCAGUUCACCUGUAGAUGGGUCCACUUCUUUUGAAGACAAAUGAGUCCAAUCCUCAUCUCCUCCCGAACAGUUAUCAGACUCCAUCUGUUCCUGGAACAUACCUCACCAUGAGCACACAAAAGACAUGUGACAGGCAAACCUGACCACACCACCAAUUCUUGGAAGAGACCAUGAGGUGGGGCCAGUUGUCUGCCU